AUAGUCUUGCUACGUUGCGUUACACAUUUUAUUCAAGUAGAAUAAUUGAAACUACCGUCUGGAGCGGUUGAAAACAAUUUCACGGCAUAGUUGCACGUGUUUGGCGUUCUCAACCGGAAAUUCGAAAGGGAUACCAAAAAGUUCCUGGCAUCUUUCCAGUUGUCGAAUAGCAUCACUUCUGUUCACGAGGCUCUGCAGUUCGGGAACGUUGGAAAAGAGUAGCUGUAAAUGACGGAGCGCUAUGAAUCGCCCGAGGUGACGACUAUAUUGACCAAGGCACAGAUUCACGAAAGAUAUCAAGAUACAGCCCUAGUUAUAUUCAAAGAGCAGCAAAGUAAAAGGGAAGCAAUGAACUAUUUAACUAUCGGAACAAGCCGCAGAACUAUGGAGUAUAGUAGUUACGGAAAUCAACCUGUUGUCGUGCGGAGACCAACUGGAACUCUAGUACAUCAUAAUGAACAAAACUUGUCCUCGCAGAUAUUAAGGAUAUAUCAAAAGCCUCGAGAUAGUUGUGUAAUAAAUUAAGUUAUACCGUUUUCGUUAUUUAAUAA